AUGGCUCUUCAAUCGAUUGAAAAUCUCUUCCCUCGCCUAGAGGGAAUAAGUCCUCUAUUAGAACCUACUAGUCUUGAUGCAGAAGCUGAAGAAGACUUAAAUCUUUACUAUCAACUACCAGCCCAGGCCCAGUCUGGCUUACCAGUAAAUGAGGAGGAUCAACUCGAAACCGAUUCAGAAAUACCUCCAACACUUGUUUCAUCAGAGGCAACCCGUUCUGGGCAUAAUAGCCUCAGGGAUGUUCAUGUACUUGCUCAAAAAGUAAUCUUUCUACCUACAUUUAUAGAAUAUCCAGAAACAAGUGAGAAUGGAGUCCUUUAUGUUAUUGAUAUAAGGACUUUAAAUGAGGAGGAUAUUAAAUCGCCUUGGAGAAUGAUUCAGUACAACCAUGCCCGGCAAUUCCCACCAAAACGGACGACUUCAGCAUUCCUUCAAAAUGCUGUUUGUUUACGUUCAACUUACACUUGUACAGGUGGAAAGGCAUGCUCUUAUUUCGAUCAGAAUCUUCCAUGCUGGAAGCAUCAGAAAGUUACCCCAGAAAUCUUGCAAAGUAUUGAAGCAUUACGAACAGAGGUACUACAGUAUGAUCUCAAACGGAAAGCAGUUUCAUGGGCACAAGCACAGAUAAAACGUUUCCAACAACAUACCGCCUGCCGACCGUUUACAGAAAGAUGUAGUCUUGAAGUAGUUAAUACAGAGUAUGGGUAUAUUCCAGGAACUUCCCAGAUUACAGCCCGCUGCAUCUGCUGGUCACAAAGUCUCCAAGGAGAAAACCAUUAUAUUGGCUUUCCUCCAAUCGAAUUCCAGCUAUAUUUACCUCUAAUCAAAACUAUACUUCAAGGGGGAAGUAUAGAAGAAAGCUCCCCUACUGAUAGCUGUUAUCUUUUUGCUAGCAAUAAGAGGAGAAUUACACGAUGCGACGCUAAUCAUAUCGUUCCUGAAACAAUUCUUCAAAUUACGUGUUCAGUAAAAUGGAACUUCUGGGUCCCGCUUGAUCUAGAAGCUACCCCAGUUAUUCUUCUAACUUCUCAUGGGGUCCAUUUACAUCCACCACCACCACCAGUUAGAGCCCCAGCUGGUAUUAUAUCUGGGCUGCAACAGGUAGUCCAGAAGAUCAAUCAACCUAGAACGGGGUUAAAUGCAUUCCUACAAUCUCGCGAACUUCAGGAAUUCUGUGAUACUUAUAAUAGCCAGACUAUUACAAGCGUUCAUCAAAGUCUAGCAAAUACAGACUUCUUACGCUCAAUUAUCCGUAAACAAGAAGCAAUUAGCUUUCCAGCAGGCUGUUCACGUCUAGCGAUUUGGUAUGAAUACCAGUAUGCUCAAACUAGGCGUCAAAUUCGGUAUAUUCAGUACUUUAAUGAUGACGGCAAUACAUACCUAUGUAUUGUAUUUCAUGCAGAGCAAGCUGAAUUAUGGAAGAAAGAGGCUUUUAAUACUUUCCAGGUAGAUACAAACUAUAAACAUCUAGCUGGAAAGGAGGAAGUUGAGGUUAUUUGGGGAUGGUAUAAUUCGAUAUCUUCGAAAGCAAUUCCACUUAUCCGAGUUUUUACCAAUUCUGAAAGUACAGAAAUGUAUCAGCAGAUGUAUACAAUUGUGUUUAAACUACUUUAUAAGAAAUUUGGAUAUAAAGUCAAGUGGAAACACCUUCAUGGUAGGGGUCUACUAGGUAUUACAGUUGAUCAAGACCAUAAAAACCUUAUUGGGUUUGGGAAAUAUCUAUCUCUGGAAUGUGACCCAGAGCAUAGACCAUGGGCAUGGCAGGUUGAACGCUCUGUACGCUUCUGUUUAAUUCAUUUCCAACGAGGGAUUGAGGCAUACUGUACAGAAGACCGUAGCCCUGACUCUCUAUGGAAUCAAAUGCGCAGCCUACUAUUCUGCCGUUCCUCAGAAGACUACUUCGCUUUAUGUCAGGCAUUUGAGACUGAACCUCAAAUAAAAGCAUGGGCUCAACAUAAAGCCCGAAAAACAAUUGCAGCUGGACUUAAUCAGAACUGCUCUAAAAUCCCCUUAUCAGAUUGGAGUCAAUUCAUACCUAAUACAAAUACUGUUGAGGUUUUACAUGAAGCCUCAUAUACUUGGAGUAAUCGGUAUUUACCAUUACUUACAUGUAUCCAGAAAUGUGCAGAAUACGAUCGCCAUCUUUUAGAGCAGGAUACAGUGUUUACAACACUAGGAAUCCGGCUUUCCUGGAAAGAUGUUUCUAUUAUUAGCCGUUAUAAUACAGCUGCAAGCCGUUUACAACUUAAACGCCAACGCCAGAGGGAAUCCCGUGAGCAACUAGAUAAUGAACGUGUUGAAAGGCUUUUAUCAACCCGACUCUUUACGUCUAGUCCCUCAAGGGGUACUAAUUCAAGAAGUCCAUCCUCAAUUCCGAAUCGAUCCCGAAGUCUUUCAGAAGCGAUUCGGAAUCGAUCCCCUCGUCUUUCCCAUGCUUCAUCUUCUGGGGUUAUUAGGUCAAAUACUCUCCAAAGAACAUCUAUUUCUAACUUAAGAAACGAAAUCAGACAGGGACAACAAGAUGACUUUGACUUACAGAAGCAAAGUCUAGAAUUAGAAGAAAAGCGAUUAGAAUUAGAAGCAAGAAAACUUCUAGUUGAAAAACAGAAGCUUGAACUACAAGAAAAGGAACUAGAGUUAGCAGAGCGGCGGAGAAGGUUAGGACUUUGA